AUGGCUAACGAUGCCGUUCACUGGCUGGAUGCCAGGGACGAUGAAAACAUUCAGGAUACCGACCCGACCCUGUCUGGCUUGCUUACCGUCCUAAUCCCCGCCCUCAUCUCCUUCGUUGUGAUGGUGUUGCUUUUCAUCAUCCUGCGCAAGAGCAAUCGCAGAAUGUAUAUGCCCCGAACCUACAUUGGAUACCUCCGUCCCUGGCAGCGCACCCCCGAGUCUCCGACCGGAUCCUGGGACUGGAUCAAGGCCAUGUACCAGCUACCCGAUACCUACGUCCUGCAGCAUCACUCGAUGGAUGCCUACCUCAUGCUUCGUUUCCUCAAACUGUGUUCCGUGAUGCUGUUUGUGGGCUGCUGUCUCACUUUCCCCAUCUUGUGGCCUGUCAAUGCCACAGGUGGUGGUGAAAAGAUCCAGCUGAACAUGCUGAGCAUUUCGAAUAUCGCCAAGACUCAAUACGCUCGUUACUACGCGCAUUGUUUCAUUGCCUGGAUUUUUGUCGCCUUCAUCUUCUUCAUGAUCACCCGCGAGCACCUGUUCUACAUUAACCUGCGCCAGGCGUACCUUUUCUCUCCCGCCUAUGCCAGCCGUAUCUCGUCUCGCACCGUUUUGUUCACCGCCGUUACCCAGGAUCUCCUGAACAAGGACAAGCUACGCACCAUGUUCGGCCGCGACAAGGUCAAGAAUGUGUGGAUCGCAACCGAUACCAAGGAGCUCGAGGAGAAGGUCAAGGAGCGUGAUGCCGCGGCGAUGAAGCUCGAGGGUGCGGAGACCAAGCUCAUUGUGCUUGCUAACAAGGCGCGCAACAAGGCUCUUAAGAAGGACGGCUCGGUUGAGAACCCCGAGACUGACAUUGCCGAUGGCCAAUUUGAUGACGAGUCUGGCUCCGUCGCUGCUCGUUGGGUCGAGGCUAAAAAGCGCCCUACGCACCGUCUCAAGAUGCUUGUUGGCAAGAAGGUCGACACCAUCAAUUGGGCCCGUUCCGAAAUCGAGCGUCUCUCCCCCGAAAUCGAGGAAUUGCAGGCCAAGCACCGUGCGGGAGAAACCAAGCUGGUCUCCUCCGUCUUUGUUGAGUUCUACCAUCAGGCUGAUGCCCAGUCUUCCUACCAGUCUGUGGCCCACAACCUUCCCCUGCACAUGAGCCCUCGCUAUAUCGGCUUGGACCCUACCCAGGUUAUCUGGUCCAACCUCCGCAUCAAGUGGUGGGAGCGCCUCGGUCGCCACGCUGCCACCGUUGCCUUUGUUUGUGCUAUGAUCAUCUUCUGGGCCAUCCCAACUGCAGUUGUUGGUGCUAUCUCCAAUAUUGACUCAUUGACCGAAAUUGUUCCUUUCCUGAAGUUCAUCGACAGUGUUCCCUCAUGGAUCAAGGGUGUCAUUACUGGUCUUUUGCCCACUAUCAUGAUGGCUGUCCUCAUGGCGUUGGUCCCGAUCAUCCUUCGCCUGAUGGCCAAGUUGGGAGGUGACCCUACUCUUGCCGCCGUCGAACUGACCGUCCAGAACUGGUUCUUCGCUUUCCAAAUCGUUCAGGUCUUCCUGGUGGUGACCGUUGCCUCCUCGGCCGCUGCCGUCGUUAAGAGUAUCGUUGACAAUCCCUCUUCUGCCGCCUCACUGCUAGCUCAGAAGAUUCCUACUGCGUCCAAUUUCUACAUCUCCUACAUCAUUCUACAGGGAUUGUCCUUCAGCGCCGGUGCUCUGCUCCAGAUUGUUGGCCUGAUUCUCAGCAAGGUCCUCGGCAGGUUGCUGGAUAGCACCCCUCGCAAGAUGUACACUCGUUGGUCGAGUCUGGCUGGUCUCGGGUGGGGCACUGUCUACCCUGCCUUCACAUUGUUGACCGUUGUUGCAAUUGUCUACUCCUGCAUUGCGCCGCUUGUCAUGGGCUUCGGUACCAUUGGUCUCUACCUGUUCUAUUUCGCCUUCCGGUACAACAUGUUGUACGUGUCGAACGCAACCAUCGACACCCAGGGUAGAUGCUACACCCGUGCUCUGCAGCAUCUCACUGUCGGCUGCUACCUGUCCAUGGUUUGUCUCAUUGGUCUGUUCGCCAUUGCCGCCGGUGCCGACACGAUUGCGCUUGGUCCCCUGAUUCUCAUGAUCAUCUUAUUGGUCUUUGUAAUCCUGUACCACCUCUCGCUGAACAGCGCCAUGGAGCCCCUCCUCAACUACUUGCCCAAGAACCUCGAGGCCGAGGAGGAGGGUCUGCUUGCCGCCGAGAAGGCCAACAACCUCAGCACCUUGAACGAGAAGUCCAAGACUGACGACCUGACUGCCCCCAGCGGCUCCAUCUCGGCACACCGCGAUAGCGGUAUCGCCAACGUGGACAACGGCCUUGGCGGCGUCGACUCUGCCGAGAAGGGUCUCACCGACACCUCGUCGCCAGCGCCCAAGCUGAACAUGUUCACCAAGUUCCUCCGCCCAGACCUGCACCAGAACUACCACCAGAUGCGCAAGCUGGUUCCCGGCGCCGCAGACAUCGUCACUUACCCCGCCGAGGCCGAGCGUGACGCCUACUGCCACCCGGCCGAAGUCGCGCACACCGUACGCGUCAUCCCCAUCACGGAUGAGGACGCCUAUCUUGAUGAGAACUGCAAGAUCAAAUGGAACGAGGAGAAGGGCGAGCCUCCUAUCUACGAGGAGAAGAUCACCUACUAA